CUUCAAGAAAAUCGUACAUAUUUCCUGAUUCCUUUCAAAGUUGAGUUGCCUUUGGGACUGGUGAAUUCUUCCUGCUUGUCAGCACAUGCAUUCCACUUUCCACUACAAAAUCGACUUUGGCCCUCUAAAUCUUACCUCACCCCCAAGCAAAGAACACACCCCUCACUCUCCAUCCCCAUUUCUGCACAAUCUAUCAGUAAACUAACAAAUCAAGAUUUCAGAUCUUAAACCUAAGUCUAUAUGGUCUCUUGUCUUCUUCACUAUCGAACAAAACGUAUAACCCCUUUAUAGCCAUAACUAAGAAAACAUGAGAGCAGGUGGUUUCACUAUCCAACAAGCUUUAAGUUCAGAUGCCGCAAGCAUCAUAAAACAGGCAGUCACUCUGGCACGCCGCCGUGGGCAUGCUCAGGUAACCCCUCUUCAUGUGGCGAACACCAUGCUCUCCUCCGCCACCGGCCUCCUCCGAACAGCCUGCCUCCAAUCCCAAUCCCAUUCUCAUCCUCUCCAGUGUAAAGCUCUUGAGCUUUGCUUUAACGUCGCUCUCAAUCGUCUUCCUACUUCUUCAUCCAGUCCUAUGUUAGGCCCCAAUCACUCAUCCCAACACCCAUCGAUUUCAAAUGCACUCGUGGCAGCGUUCAAGCGCGCACAGGCUCAUCAGAGGCGUGGAUCCAUUGAGAACCAACAACAACCGUUACUUGCUGUAAAGAUUGAACUUGAACAGCUUAUCAUAUCGAUUUUAGAUGACCCAAGUGUCAGCAGGGUGAUGCGAGAGGCUGGAUUUUCGAGUACACAAGUGAAAAACAAUGUAGAACAAGUUGUUUCUCUAGAGUUAUCCUCUCAAACACCUCCUCCUUCCGCUUCAUGUAAUAACAUCAAGUCCAAGAACUGUAGUACUAUCGACAAUCCACAUCAUAAUCAGGAUGUGAUGUAUGUAAUAGACAAUCUAAUAAACAUGAAGCGAUCUCGAAGCCUUGUGGUUGUAGGUGAGUGCGUUGCUACGAUAGAAGGUGUAGUAGCGAGAAUCAUGGAGAAGGUUGAUAAAGGAGACGUUCCUGAGGCACUAAGAGAUGUUAAGUUUAUAAGUCUCCCUCUCUUCUCUUUUGGUAAACUCUCCAAAGGAGAAGUUGAACAAAAGCUUGGAGAGCUAAGGACCCUAGUAAAUGGGUUUUUGAGAAGAGGGGUUGUGCUUUACUUAGGAGAUCUUAAAUGGAUUACUGAGUAUAGAACCAGUUCAUGGGGUCAAGGAAGGGGAUACUAUUGUCCUGUUGAGCACAUGAUUAUGGAGUUAGGAAGAUUACUUUGUGGUAUUAAUGAAGAGAUUAGUGGAAAGCUUUGGGUAAUGGGGAUUUCAUCAUUUCAAACAUACAUGAAGUGUAGAAAUGGAAACCCUUCUCUUGAAAUUAUUUGGAAGCUCCAUCCGCUUACAAUCCCAGCUGGAAGCUUAAGCUUGAGUCUUGUUCCACAUAGCGAUAUGCAAAGUGAGUGUGGGAGCAAGAAUGGCGACAAUGGAGGUAGUCGACUGAUGCUUGAAAAUGUAGAGGAGAAGCAACUUACAUGUUGCGUGGAUUGCUCUUUGAAUUUCGAGAAUGAAGCUAAAAGUUCACGAUCCUCAAGCCUCCCUUCAUGGCUCGCUGAUGAGAAAAUAGUAGUCAAUAAUCAUGAUCAGGAAUUUGUUUCCAUAAAAGAAUUGUCCAAGAAGUGGAACUCAAUCUGCACUUCAGUUCAUAGGAACAAACCCUUGUUUCAGAGAAGCUUAAGCUUCUCUUCAGUUUCACCAUCUUCACCAGCUUCUUGCUUUACCUACAAUCAAGAAAACCCUAAUUCCAACCGAACCUCAAUCGAUCGUCAACUUUGGGAUUUUACAGCGUUAGAGAAAAACAUCGAAUCACAUGUGGAGGUAGACACUAGACAAAGAUUUCCAUCAAACGUUAAUUCCACUCCGAAUUCAGUUUCUUCUAGUGAUGUUAUGGAGGUGGACUACAUUCAAAAGUUCAAGGAGUUCAACGGAGAAAAUUUAAAAAUCUUAUGCAAUUCAUUAGAAGAUAAGGUACCAUGGCAAAAGGACAUUGUUCCUGAUAUUGCGAGUACUAUACUAAAAUGCAGAUCAGGAAUGGUGAGAAGAAAAGACAAGAUAAACAACAAUGACACCAAAGAAGAGACAUGGUUUUGCUUUCAAGGUAUUGAUUCACAUAUAAAAGGAAGAAUUGCUAGAGAAUUAGCGAAGGUUGUUUUUGGGUCGCAUUCAAGUUUCAUAGAAAUUGCUUUAAGCAACUUUUCAUCAUCUCCGAGAGUGGACACAACUGAUGAACCAAGAAACAAGAGGUCAAGAGAUGAACAAAGUUGUAGUUAUCUUGAAAGGUUUGCUGAAGCAGUGUCUGCGAAUCCUCAUAGAGUGUUUUUGGUGGAGGAUGUAGAACAAGCGGAUUAUUGCUCUCAAAUGGGGAUCAAAAAAGCUAUUGAAAGAGGGAAACUAAUACAUCCUAAAGGUGAAGAAGUUAGUUUUUUUGAUGCGAUAAUUGUGUUGAGUUGUGAAAGCUUUAGCUCUAUAUCAAGAACAUGCUCUCCACCAGUGAAGCAGAAAGUACAAGAGGAAGAAGAAGAUGAAGAAGAAGGAAGCCCUUGUGGAUCUUUGGAUUUGAAUAUUUCAUUUGAUGAAGAUCAUGACGAACAAUCCAUGUCCAUGGAUGAUAUAGGGUUACUUGAAUCUGUAGACAAAUGUAUCAAUUUCAACAGUCAAGAUUUGUCACUGUAAAUCUUGAAUCUUGAACUUAAUUUUCCAAAAUUUCAGAAAAUUUAAAUGUGAAAUCUACUACUUACUUCAA